AUGGCGAAAAAAAAUCUUUUUCAUGUGACUGUUUUCAUUUUUCUAAUAAAUUUGUGCACACCAGCAUUGCGUCUUGAACCUUUUUUUCUUGGAGACAUUGUCUUUAAUCAAGGAUUCGAAGUGUCACUUUUCAAUAUUAAAGCUUACGGUGCUUCCAACCUUAAGAUUGAGAAAAUUCGGAUAAACACUGAGUCGUUCAAGAUUGAAUUAGUUGCCUUCAUGCCGAAAAUUACAACUGAAUCAACUUACGCUAUCAGCUGGAAGAUAUCAUUGCUUGAUAUUAAAGGACAGGGAAAUGCUUACGCUAUUUUGGAAAAUGUGAAAAGUAUUCUAAAACUCACUGGCAGUAAUUAUCAACGACAAGGUGCAACUUAUUUGAAAAUCGACAAAGUUCAAUUAAAAAUUCAACCCCAAUCCACAAAACUAAGGUUCGAUAAUUUGUUUAAUGGAAAUAAAGCUUUGGAAGAUGUUGGCAAUGAAGUCAUCAAUCAAAAUGUUCAUCUUCUUUCGGCAAAUAUGUUGCCUCUUGUUGAACAAGCUAUUGGUGCCAGAAUCUUUAAAGUUGCUAAUCAAGUUUUUGAAAAAGCUCCACGAUCUGAAUUUUUUCCUUAA